GCGCCUGGGCCUGCGAGUCAAGACUCUCCUGUGUUCGGUGCAAACGGGGAAAGUCCAGAUCAUGUCAAAGUGGCCCGGGGCGAAUGUGAGCAGCGGCUCCCAGGUACAGAUGUCGGCGCAGAUGGUCUUGGCUUUUGGGUCGACAUCAAGCGAGGUGACUUUCCCCAGUUCCGCGAAGGCUCGACCCAUCGACCCAGUCUCCAAGAACAGCUCCAGCAAGCGGCGCAUCGGAGUUUUCCAUGUCAGACUGCAGAGCCAGCCACAUCAGCGUUACGAAUGCUGUGCAGCCGCAGGCCAGUUCGAGGAAGCAGAUCUCAAAGCACCUGUCCACAAGCGCUGCAACUACAAGAAAUCUUGGCGAGACUACGGAUUUUUGCCAUGCUAUUUGCCUCCUUCGGUAACACCGUGCGAUUACCUCCAGGCUUUGUACUGGUUCUGCUCAGAUGCCCCGCAGAAGCAGAUUUUGAAAGAGACUGGUCUCAAAAUCAAGAUUUGGAAUCAAAUCCGCUCAUGUGUCAGAGACCUCUUGUGGUUGGUGCUUCAGGAACAUGCUGGCCGUGUUCCUCUGGGUGGUCCAGGACGUGUGGUUGUCAUAGAUGAAACGUUCUUCACGAAGAAAAAGAAGAACAAAGGUCUUUUGGGAGAACCACACAAGGCCAUCAAACCAUUAUCAUGGGGUUCUUGGAGCUGGCUACGCGCGGCGACGGGUGCUUGCGUUCUCAUCCAGAUACCGAACCGCAAACAGGUUACACUGAAGCGUGAAAUUGAGCAGCAUGUGACUCCAGAUUCCUUAGUUUUCACUGACCGGCACAAGUCUUACAAUUUCUUGUCUCGCAGGAACAGCAACUAUGUGCACAGGGCGGUGAACCACAGGAAGGGAGAGUUUACCCGCGUGGAAAGAAUUUUUGGUGAAGACGUCAAUGUUACAACUAACGCUGUGGAGGGGCUGUUCGGGCGUCUCAAGCAGUAUCUGCAGCAGCGACGCUACAGGAAGAUCAGCAAGAAGGCUUACGGUGAGGUUUUGGCAGAGUUUCUUUGGCGGCAGCGGGUUGCUGCUUUUGGAAGCGACCCCUUCAGGAACCUUCUUGCAGAGAUCAAGGGCUGGCAAGAUGGGCAUCCAAGACGUCCCGAGGUGCCAGGUGACAUUCAGUAG